AUGAGUACCUCCUCGAAAGCAGAUAACGCCGCGAACCCCAAACAGGGUGCUUUUAAGCCCUCAGCCCCUCGCGGAGACACAAUCGCCACCAAGGGUCAUCAACUCGGGCGUAAGGUCAAUGAGGCUGAGCAGCACUCCGAAUACCACGCCCAGGCAUUCCCUUCCGGUUCAGCCCCAGCAAGCAAAUCCCAUGCCCCCAACACCGUUUCCGAAAUCCCCGUCCAAGGCAACAACCCCAAUAUGGGCGCGGGACAAAAAGACGAAGCCACCUACACACCAGCUGUGGAUACAUUAAAAGGAGCCACCUCGGGUGAUAUGAACCGCGGCCUAGGCAGACCCAUACAGGGCCAGAGCAGCACCGAGCUCAGACAUGACGGUAAGAACGGACGCAAGAAGGGAGCUCCCGGCCUAGAAGGGGUUCGCUCCUCUAUGCAAGAUGAGGGCCAGUUUAUGGAACAACGUGGUCUCGAGUGA